AUGCGGCUGCUAGAAGAGGGGCGACGGUUGCGCGAUGCACAACUAAAAAAGGAGCUUGCGCACGCAAAAGCACAGCAUGCCAAGGAGAGUGUCCAAAGACGCAAGCAUCUGCGAGAAGUGUGGAAGGGAACCUCCCAAAGGAAGCCAUGGAACGUCUGUGUCGCGUCACAAAUUGCGGAAGAAGGUUUCCUGGGAGUAAUGCUCAAACAGUUGCGCGGCGAUGUCGAAGCUUCAAAUAAAACUCUCAUGGAGCCCCUUCGUGAUGCCAACACAUCUCCUCUUCGGCAGGAUUCAACAUUUGAUAGGGUCAAGGUCCAGUGGGGGGCAGGGGAACGGUGGAUGGACGAGCGCGAGUGGAUACUCGGUCCACGCCCUGAGGCGCAUGUUUUGACCUUGACCUCGCAUCAGCGCAAGCUUGUGGGAAAUUAUCGCAUUCAGAGUGUGUCGAAGGUAUUGUGGGAAGUGGAAGCCACUGCCGCUGCUCUUUCCUUUCAAAAGCAGCACCAACAGGGAUAUUGA